AUGAUUAAAAAUUUCAUCUGGUCUGGCGCAUUUACGUGUGACGUUCUCAGAAACAAGGCGUGGAUAGAUGCGGAUUUAGCUGCGAUGUCACGGUCCAAAUGUGGUCUAGGCGCUCCACUCCUCUGCAAAGAGCUCAUGGCGCUAGCGGCCACAGUCGUGGCAUCAUGGGCUCGGGAUGGUACAACUGCAGAUCACGUCGUCGGCGAUGUUCUCCAGUACUCCGGCGGCUCUAGGGGCCCGAAGGUGUAUGUGGAUCCGAUGGAAUUUGCUUCCCCCCCCCCCCAACUCAAGUUAGCUUGGAAGGCUAAUCUGUGGGACACUGGACGGGAGGUGAUAACCAAGGUAGGGCUCCAUGAGCGGUCCAAGGACAGAGAAGAGAUGGUGACUGCAUUGACACUCCUCGCGGUAGCAUUUGAGGGUCUUUCCUUCUCCUGGGAUGAGAGGCACCUAUUGGUGGACGACGCAGCUCUACUAGGUUCGGUACAUCGUAGUUACUUAACCAACGAUAAGGAAGGGUGUGGAACGGUAUGCACAGAAUGGUUGCCAUAUCUUGUCUCCUGUGACCUACGGCUAUACGAUGGCGUACAGGGGAGAAUCUCUACAGCUCGGGACUUCUCUCGUAUCCUUGGGAACGGUUAUAGACUCCGGGGCAGCAUCCACUAG